CUGUCUGCCAAGCAGAGAGCCCCUGGGCUGUGUCCCUCUCUGUCUGUUGCCCACACCUACCCUCCUCCAGUCCCAGGGGAGCCUGGUGCUCAGAUGCCAGGCCUGCUGCCUUCUCUCCCUGCAGCCCCACCCCUGCCCUGUGCCUCCUGCCACUUCUCUUUUGUCAGCUCUGUGCUCCCAUGACCCUGACCCGCGCAGGCAUCCGGCUGCUCCCACUGGGGAUGUGCCAACAGCUACCCAGGCUCCGAGUCCUGGAAUUGUCUCAUAAUCAAAUCGAGGAGCUGCCCAGCCUGCAUAGGUGUCAGAAGCUGGAAGAAAUUGGCCUUCAGCACAACCGCAUCUGGGAAAUUGGAGCUGACACCUUCAGCCAGCUGAGCUCCCUGAGAGCCCUGGACCUGAGCUGGAAUGCCAUCCGGUCCAUCCACCCUGAGGCCUUCGUGACGCUGCGUUCUCUAGUCAAGCUGGACCUGACAGAAAACCAGCUGACCACACUGCCCCUGGCUGGCCUUGGGGGCUUGAUGCAUCUGAAGCUCAAAGGGAACCUGGCUCUGUCUCAGGCCUUCUCCAAGGACAGUUUCCCAAACCUGAGGAUCCUGGAGGUGCCCUAUGCCUACCAGUGCUGUGCCUAUGGUGUCUGUGCCAGCUUCUUCAAGGCCUCUGGGCAGUGGGAGGCUGAGGACUUUCACCUUGAUGAGGAGGAGCCUCCAAAGAGGCCCCUGGGCCUUCUUGCCGGACAUGCUGAGAACCAAUAUGAUCUGGAUCUGGACGAGCUGCAGCUGGAAAUGGAGGACACAAAGCCACACCCCAGCGUCCAGUGUAGCCCCGUUCCAGGCCCCUUCAAGCCCUGCGAGCACCUCUUUGAGAGCUGGGGCAUCCGCCUGGCUGUGUGGGCCAUCGUGCUGCUCUCCGUGCUCUGUAACGGGCUGGUGCUGCUGAGUGUGUUUGCCGGUGGCCCUGGCCCCCUGCCCCCGGUCAAGUUUGUCGUAGGCGCGAUUGCAGGUGCCAACGCCUUGACUGGCAUUUCCUGUGGCCUCCUAGCCUCAGUCGACGCCCUGACCUUUGGCCAGUUCGCCCAGUACGGAGCCCGCUGGGAGAUGGGACUGGGCUGCCAGGCCACAGGCUUCCUGGCAGUACUCGGGUCCGAGGCCUCCGUGCUGCUGCUCACCCUGGCCGCCGUGCAGUGCAGCGUCUCCGUCUCCUGCGUCCGAGCCUACGGGAAGGCGCCCUCCCUGAGCAGUGUUCGAGCAGGGGCCCUGGGCUGCCUGAUGCUGGCCGGGCUGGCCGCGGCCCUGCCCCUCGUCUCAGUGGGAGAAUACGGGGCCUCCCCGCUUUGCCUGCCCUACGCCCCACCCGAGGGCCAGCCGGCUGCCCUGGGCUUUGCCGUGGCCUUGGUGAUGAUGAACUCCUUCUGCUUCCUGGUAGUGGCCGGUGCCUACAUCAAACUCUACUGUGACCUGCCGAGGGGCGACUUCGAGGCUGUGUGGGACUGCGCCAUGGUGAGACACGUGGCCUGGCUCAUCUUCGCAGAUGGGCUCCUCUACUGCCCUGUGGCCUUCCUCAGCUUUGCCUCCAUGCUGGGCCUCUUCCCCGUCACCCCUGAGGCCGUCAAGUCUGUCCUACUUGUGGUACUACCCCUGCCGGCCUGCCUCAACCCACUGCUCUACCUACUCUUCAACCCCCACUUCCGGGAUGACCUGUGGCGGCUCUGGCCCUGCACGGGGACCUCAGGGCCCCUAGCCUACACUGCUGCCAGCGAGCUGGAGAAGAGCUCCUGCGAUUCUACCCAGGCCCUGGUGGCCUUCUCUGAUGUGGAUCUCAUUCUGGAAACUUCUGAGGCUGGGCGGCCCCCUGGGCUGGAGACCUAUGGCUUCCCCUCGGUAACCCUCAUCUCCUGUCAGCAGCCGGGGGACCCUAGGUUGGAGGGCAGCCAUUUUGUAGAGCCAGAAGGAACCCACUUGGGGAACCCACAACCCUCCAUGGAUGGAGAACUGCUGCUAAGGGCAGAGGGAGCCAUGUCAGCAGGCGGGGGCUUGUCAGUGGGCAGGGCCUUCCAGCCCUCUGCCUCGGCCUUCGCCUCACACUUAUAAAUGUCCCUCCUCACCCUUCACUUCCCAUCUGUUCCCUUCCCUCUCGUCCCACUCCAUGAAUGAUGGCUGCUUGUAAAAUAAAUUCAACCAAAACUCAACAGCGUGAUCCACAGCAGGGACUGGGCCAUGGCUUCCAUUGGUCUCUCUCCCGUGGCCACCACCAGUGUGUGCUUCUUGGCUUGGUUUCCCCUUGGCCUUCCUCUAGGCCUCUUCCCUGUCAUGUCUGAAGCUGUGGACCAGAGAUCGGGAAAUUUCUCUGCCUAAGGAAAAUGAGUGACUGGGGUAGAGGGCUGAGCAGGUCAAGGAUCAGGGUACAAUGGGGCAGGGGGACCUCACAGAGAAAGACCUAUUGGGGAACUGCCAAAGGGCACUUGAGCAUCUACCCUGUGACUCAUGGACUACAUACAAAAUGUGUUCUGUGUCCUGUUAAUCUUGAGCUAUGCCAUGCAAAAAGACUCUCUGUCAAAAGAAGUUUUAGAAGAUACUACACAAUUUGUCCUUUCUUGGAGAGUCACAGUACAUAUUAGUAUAGUAAAGGCUAUGAGAAUUCCUGCAGCAGUAAAAUCCGUUGAACUUUGUUUAACCCAGUUCCCCCAGAUUAUUUGACAACAGGUGUUUGUUUGGUUGUUGGUUUUGUGGGAUAUCUAUUAACAUCUCACAGAAUUUAACACUGCUGUCCCCCAGGGCCCUCAUCUCUAUACCACCUAGUGCUACUCAGUGACAUCACAAGAUGCCACAAGUCCUAGAAAACCCCGAUCCUGGGAGUUUCAUCUGGGGUAAAGUUGGUGAUUCCAUCAACCAGAGAAGAUUCUCCACACUCUCUACCUUGCCAUCCCUCUUGCCUUUGGAAAGAUGGUGAAGAGGCUGCCUUUGUGGUUCUAACCUCUAUCCCCCGGAAAUGGGGCAGGGAUAAAGGGAUCCCACAUUGGCUCCCACCUCCUUCCUAAGCCCAACCACCAAUGAAACUUCUGCCCUCAGUAAAAGAGAGGGUUCCUGGAUCCUGGCAGGGUAUACACAGGGAAGUCCAUGGCUGUCUGGCUUCCUCCUGGCUCUAAGUUGCCUUCCUGUGGUUCUCCACCAUAUGACCCUUGCCAACUCCUGC